AUGAAGAUAAUUAUGGAAAGAUACCACAACUAUAGAUUUGUGUCUAACGUUGAAGGUACUGAUGGUGUGGUGAGAAUAUUAUGUGUUUGGAAAGAGGAGGAAAUGGAAGCUACUUCUCUGGUUGUUGAUCAUAAUUGGGUUGGUGUUUCUUUUCGUAGACUGGCAAAUGAAAAAGUCUUUGUAGUUUUUGGUGUGUACCUGCUUCCUAGGUUUGGGGAAAGGCUGCAAAGCCUUUACAAACUAGAGGCCCUUGUUUCUAGAGUCGAAGGACCAGUUAUGUUAAUUGGUGAUUUCAAUGCCAUGCUCAACAGCCGAAAUAACUCGGGUUCUGCUCCAUUACUUGCUUCCUACCUAUCUUUCAGUCGCUUUGUUUAUGCUUGCAGGUUAAAGGAGGUUGAAGAUAGUAACAAGAGGUUUACGUGGUCGAACCAUAGACAAAGGCAAGACUUAGUGCAGUGUAAGCUGGAUUGGUGCAUGGUUAACAAUGACUGGAAAACUGGUUUUGGUGGAGAAGGUAGGCUUAACGUCCAGACGUCAACCGCAUCCGAUCAUAGUGUACUUCUAUAUCAGUCCAAGGACAUUAAUGAUGAUACAUGGGGUCAGAAGCCGUUUAGAUUCUUUAAGCCUUGGUUGAUGGACAAAGAAGGUAAGGUAGUGAUGCUUCAAGCUUGGAGAGGUUUGGCUCGGGGGUGCCCAAUGAUGCGCCUCAACAUCACCACCCUUCAAAGCCGGCUAGAGGAAUGCAGGGAGCAUAUGGAACAAGGCGUGGAAGGUGCGAUUGAUGAGGAACACAGAGUGAGGAAGCAACUAUCUCAGGCCCUUCUCAUGGAAGAGGUAAUGUGGAAACAAAGAUCGCGUAUUCGUUGGCUUGCAGAGGGGGAUAAGAACACCUCCUUUUUUCAUGAGAUGGCUAAGUCUAGGCAAGCUAAGCUUAAGAUUAGAAGUAUAGAGUAUGAUGGCACUGAAUAUGUACAGAGUAGACAGAUUCUUGAAGUGUGCACUACUUAUUUUCGCAGGGUGUUAGAUACAGAUGAAGUGCAAGGAAUGUUAUUGAGGGUGCAGAUAGUAUACCUAUAG